UUGUACAGGUCUUGGUUCCUUGACGCAUUCUCAUACCUACAAGUGAAGGCCUUGAUGCCUUUCUUGGAGCUUUUAGAGAUGUUCAUUGUGUUAGUAUCGCCUAUCCUACUCAACAAUCAAGAAUAUCCAAGUCAAGCGAAUGUGUACGACGGUCAGAGUUUCGACUUCGUGGUGAUUGGUGCAGGUUCAGCUGGAUGUGUUGUUGCUAACCGCCUCACGGAGAUUGGCAACUGGAGCGUGCUGCUGAUCGAAGCGGGGGAUGAUCCGCCAGCUUUUGCUAAUAACCCCGGAUUGUCAGUGCUAAUGCCUAACAUGUUACCUGAUUGGGAUCACAACACAGUAGACGAUGGAUUUUCUAGUCAAGCAUUAAGGACAAAAAGUAUACACAUGACCAGAGGAAAAAUGCUAGGAGGCUCUAGUGGAGUCAACUACAUGUUUUAUGUAAGGGGGAACAAAGCUGAUUAUGAUAAAUGGGUAGAAUUAGGAAAUAAUGGAUGGGACUGGGAAACAGUAACGAAUUAUUUUAAAAAAAGCGAACACCUACUGGAUUCUUUCAUCUCGAAAAGUGAAUCUAACUAUUUGCACGGUACAGACGGCCAUUUACAUGUAACACGACCAGUUUGGAAAGAAAGCUCUGAAAAAUAUUUAGAAGCAUUUAAUGAAAUAGGACAUGAUGUUUUGAUUGACACGAAUGGAAAUAAACAAAUUGGUUAUUCAUAUCCUAUGUUUACAAUUGGCAAUAAUUUACGACAAAGCACAGCAGUCUCUUUUCUAAAUCCAAUUAAAGACCGACGUAACUUAUAUUUGUUAAAGAAUACUAUGGCUAGAAAAAUUAUAAUCGACAAAAAUUACAAAGUAACCGGCGCAGAAGUAAAAUUACCCAAUGGACAAAUAAUAAACGUCGGAGCUAAAAAAGAAGUAAUUUUAUCAGCCGGAGCUUUUAAUAGUCCUCAGUUAUUGAUGCUUUCUGGUAUAGGACCAAAAAACGACUUGAACGAAGUUGGCAUUUUAACUUUAGUUGAUUCUCCAAAUGUAGGUAAAAAUAUGCAAGAUCAUGCAUUGAUUCCAGUUUUAAUAACUGGCAAGAAAGAUAUCACAACAGUUUUUGAAGUAAUAAAUACUUUAAGAAAUUUUGACAAGUUUCCGUCGCCGAGCUUGUUGGGACAUGUUGCUUUAAAUAAAUCUCAGACUUAUCCUGACUACCAAGCAACUGUCGUGCCCUUAUACACGGGUGCCUUUGUACCUGUAAUUAUGUGUACCAAAGUAUUUAACUGGAAUGAUGAAAUAUGCAAGGCGAUGGCCAAAGCUACUUUAGACAAAGAUACAUUAUUUGCGGUAUUAACACUAUUGCACCCUGAAUCCAAAGGUAGAAUUAAACUAAAGAGUAAAAAUCCUAACGAUGCUGUUGUUAUUUAUUCUGGUUUCUUUUCUAAGGAAGAGGAUAUAGAAAAAUUUGCUAAAUGUGUCGCUGACUACACUAAUAUAGUAAAUGCGUCCUACCUCAGGAGUGUUAAUGCUGAAGUUGUGAACGUUAAUGUUGAACAAUGUGCUAAAUUACCAUUUAAAAGUCACGACUACUGGAAAUGCUAUGUAUUGAACUUAGCAGCGACACAGUUUCACGCAGUUGGAACUUGUGCUAUGGGUCCCGAAGGCACUGGUGUCGUUGAUGAGAGAUUAAGAGUGAGAGGUGUGAAGGGUCUACGUGUGGUGGAUGCAAGUGUAAUGCCCACUAUCACAAGUGGGAAUAUUAAUGCUCCUGUUAUAAUGAUUGCUGAAAAGGCUGCAGACAUGAUCAAAGUUGAUAAUAAUUUUUGCUAA